CUUUGAUACUUGGCUUUCCUUACCAUUCCUUAAUAAUCCCGGGGACGCACAGCCAUGAAAAAUACAGUCACGAAUGACAGUGACAUUCCUCAAAGUGUGAAAUAUUUCCAGUAUGCUGUGUACCCACCUACAUUAGCCCUGGGGCUGAUCUUCAACAUGCUGGCUUUGUGGAUUGCCUGUUGCAAAAUCAGGAAGUGGACAGAAUCGAGGAUUUACAUCUUGACACUUAUUACUCUGGAUACUUUGCUGCUCUUUACGCUGCCUUUCAAAAUAAAGGCUUUUCACGAUUGGAAGACAUCUUUAAAGUUUUGUAAAGUCCUAGAGAGCAUGUACUUUGUGAACAUGUAUGGGAGCAUUAUCAUCUCCACGUGCAUCUGCCUGGACCGAUUUAUAUGCAUAAACCACCCCUUCUUAGCCCAAUCCCUGCGUUCCCCCAAGAAAGCCACCCUGAUCUGUCUGGCGGUCUACAUCAUCGUCUCAGGAGGGAACUUUUACACUCUUCGCCUGCAUGGAGAUGACACAGGUAGUGUUCACUGCUUCCAGAACUUUUCAUCCAACACCUGGAAGAGCAAGUUCCUACUUAUUACACCAGAGGUAAUCUUUUUCGGCUGUCUCUCCAUCAUGGUCGUCUGCACUAUUCGGAUCAUCAUCUGCCUCUGGAGAUCCAGUAACCUGAGUGGGCGGGUGGGGAACAAUAGGUCUGUAAUGAUUGUGGGAUCCAACCUAUUGUCAUAUGUGAUCUGCUACAUGCCUUAUCAUGUGACAUACCUCUUGUACUUCCUGAAGAAAAACACACUCCUGGCAGACCCUUUUUCAACUUUCCGUCCUGCUUUGCAAAUAAGUCAGAUUUGGGCCAACUUGCACUGCUGCCUUAAUGCUAUUUGCUAUUAUUUUGUCUUUAAGGAGGCUUUGAGGAUAGAAAAUACAGAAACUUAUAACACCCAAAACUCCAAGAUCACAAGAUAAAGCAUGGAAAAGUCCUGAGGGGAAGGAGAUGGAGUGGCGGGGGUUGCUUUUCUAUGGAACUUUUAUUUGGCUCUGUGGCCUUUCUAAAGUUUGGGCAUGUGGCGGCUUCAUAGUAAAGGCAAUAGAAUAAUAGACUUGGUAGGAGUCAUAAGGCCUGGUUUAUCUGCUGUUCAACUAGGGUAGUGUCUGCCUCAGUCAUCUCACUCCACCACGUAGGAGGAUUUGGAGAAGAGAUGAGAAGAACAAAAUGAUCUGAACUUUGGAAUCUCUCAAACCAACUGAGCAUUUGGAAAUGGAAGUUGAAGACCUUCUACUUCCCAGUGCUUCCCUUCCCGCACCAGGGUGUUCAGCCUUGGUACCACACACCCCUCCCCCAAUAUGGAAGCCCCAUUUCCUGGCAUCAGCAUUUUCUAAAACCUUACAGAGGAGAGGACUGUUAGAAGAUUUUUAUGCCACCCACAUUUGUUUCCCAGUUUCUCCCCUUCCCUACUGACUGUGCUGUGCCAUCAUCCCUUCACCCCUCGCCGAACCUCCAGAAAUACAUAGAAAAUGACACCAGGAACCAUGGAAAGAAUUCCUUUGACUGUCCUGAAAGAAUGGCAUAAAAAUAAAGUUGUUCUGAGGAUUGUUACCUUCACCUUUCUUCCGUUCUCCCAAGUCAUCCUCUUGCUUAGCCUAUACUUGGCUCUUCCUGACUGCAGUAUGUUUUUCUCCUAUUUCCAACUCCAGUUUACUGUGUCAUGUGGACUCACGCUGCCUGUGACAGUUGUUGUCUUCUAGUCUGCUGAGUUUUCUCCUUUACUCUUUGAAAUCUUUCCUUUGCAUCAGAGAAGACUCUGAAGAUUCCAAUGCUGUCCUGUAAAUGUUUUUAUUAAUCACUCAAUCAUACUUAUUGAGUGCUUACUCUGUAUAGAGCACUGUACUAAGAGCUUGGGAGAGUACAAUACAACAUAAUUAGCAGACACGUUCCCUGUUCAUAACAAGCUUACACCUUAGAGAUGAAGAAGAAUCCUGAGACAAGUUGAAGAGAUGAUGGCAAAAGAAAUGCCUUUCUUCUGCUUAAGCCUACUCUUUCCUAUGUCCCUCUGGGCUUUCAAUAAGGCAAGGUGAAAAAUAUUAGACAUAUGGCAUACGAAUUUGAUGUCUGGCUUCCUUUAUAAGCAUCUGCACUGAGCAGGUAAUGCAAAGUUCACUGUAUUUCUUUUAAAUAAAAUAUUCUUUAAUUUUCA